AUGUCCCUGUCUAACCCCAGCACCCCGUCCUCCCGCCCUUCCCUCGACAUCCUCCCGCCUAACCUUCGUUCACUGGCCACGUCAACCUUCAGAGACCCCGCCUUCCGCCCAGUCAGCAUGUCUCGCACCGUCACGCACUCCGACGCGGGCCACACCCUCAUGGGCCGGACCUGGAACACACCCUCCACCAUUCCCGUGCUUGUCAGCUUCUAUCGAGACGCCGCCGGCUCCUCAUCUCCAGAAUAUGCAGGCGGGGAUGGGGACUGGGAUGCGACGGUGAUGGCAGAUGCAGACCGGGGCAGGGCUGGCUCAGACGACGUCGAAGUGGAGCUUGAUGAGGAGAAACGCCUCGAAGUCCGCCGCUUCUACGUCUUCGGCCACGACCUCAACGCUCAUCCGGACCUCCUGCACGGCGGCGUAGUAAGCUGUAUCCUAGACAGCGGGUUAGGUGGAGCAGUGGGUAUGGCGCUGCGGCCACGAUCACGGUCACGGUCAUCGACUAGCAGCAGAAAAGGAGGUCUCGGCGUCGACGGCGAAGGCCUCAGCAACACCAACACUCAAAACCCCAGAUUGGAGGAACAACAAGGUCUCCCGACAUAUACUGUUCAGCUGAACGUGCGGUACCGCGCGCCUGUGCGUACGCCUGGCGGUGUGAUGGUACGCAGCUGGAUCACCAAGAUCUCGCUGGACGGGCGGAAGAUUUGGGCGGCGGGCAGCGUGGAGGGGCCGGAUGGAGUGGUGCAUGCUGAGGCGGAAGGGUUGUGGCUUCGGGCGAAGGCGAAGUUGUGA